AGAAGCUGCUCGGCAGAGCGUCUGGCAGAGGCAGCGCGCUGGGGUGUGUAGAACCGGUUCCGUAAAGGGGAUCUUGCGAAAACGUGAUCGAUAUCACGAGCCGGCAGGCUGCUUAAGGCUUUGCCUCCUGCCCCAUGGCAGCCAUGGCUAUCUCUGAUGCGCUGAGCCAAGAAAUAAAGGGUUUAGCCCUAAAAGUCUGCGAUGCCGAGCAGCGAGCCGCCACAGCCGAGGCCAAGUUACAAGCUCUCGAGUUCCGGGAGGCAGCCCGCCUGGCGGCCGCGCGCGCUGGACUGGAGGAACUAGCCGUCAACGAGGCGUCUCGUCUGGUCUCCUUUGUGACGGCGGAGGGUGUGAAAAUCCACGUCUACUACACGUCGAGGACCGUCGCCACGUGCCUCACACACCCGCAGCAGGGCAAGACGCAGCUCUUCCGUCGAGAUGUGGACCUGGAGCUCCUCAAGCAACUAUUUCGUAACCCGCGUCAGCACACGGGCAGAGGAUACCACCGUUGUCAGCCCGAAGCUCGCGCGGCAACCUUUUAUCCAAGCCUAUGUGGGAUCGUCUGGGUGAAGGUGGGCGGGUGCCUCGUCGCAGCGUCGCACGACCUUGGGACUGCCUGCCUCGACAAGCGUUCCUUUAUUGAUCUUGCUUUUGUCGCGUCGCUGCCUGAUGGCGAGCAGUUGUUAGCGUCGCUCGUGCAGCCAGUUCCAGCUUGCACCAGCCUCGAUGGGACGAAAACCUCGGGUGAGGUCGUGCUGGGCAUGCUUCCUGACAAGUUGAACAUAAGCGUCGUGAUGUCUGGCAAAGAAACUGGCCUCAUGCUAGCGCUCGACCGCGCGCUCGUGGUGGACAAGCUGCCCGUGCCCCUCCACAUAUCUGUCAAAUGCGUUCACAUGUCGAAAAUGAGCAAGAGAGAAACAGAUAUCUACAACAUGGCGUUCGCUUGCAUCGGGCACGAUUGGGACUCCAAAUUCAGCGUCCAAAAUUUUCCCACCAGCUACCAGGACCACGCGUACUGGAAAAACGACGGCAUCCUCUACCUUGGCGCGGGUCUCGAGGAUCUUGCACAGCUCAUGAUGCCCAAGACACGGGUGGUGCCACAGCGGGUAGCUCUGCUCGGCUCGGCUUGGCGACCGGGUGACUGGUCUUCGUGGAGUGAAGGGUGCGACGUGUUAGCGCAGGUGCCUGCGGAUGGCCUGGAUCUUGAAGUUUACGGGACCGUCGCCACCUUUGAGAACGAGUUUCCGUCGAGCAGUCGGGCCCUCUCGGAGUUUUACGAAGGAGGCGGACGCGUCGUCGUGUUCCCGGCGGGGGGCAGGUUUGACUUCAUCAAGGAUACAAUCAAGCCGCUAUUCAACGUAAAUUGGAGCUUCAGGUCGUACACGAGGCAUGAGUUUGUGCUCACCGAGGCUGGGGCGCGAAUCGUCGGGGGGGUACCUGGCGAACUGAGUGGCGAAAUUUUCCCGUACGAAAAGGGCUACUUCCUGGAGGUGCCGGAAGGGGAGUCGAUCCUUCUUCCGAGGCACGAUUUCAAACAUGAUUAUGGGUACGAUCCUGACGACACCAACCACGAGUGCUACGACGCCGAGGAGGUCGAGGCGUGGCGCGAGAACAGGCCUCGCGACACACCGAUUGCUUUUCACGAAAGUGAAGCGCACGGCGGGCAGCUUGCAUUUGUCGGCUUCAACCACUGGAAGGGCCACCCAGAGUAUUCGCAGAUCACAGAGAGGCUCAUCCGCCGCGGCCUGAGCCUCGACGACCCUCCCUAUAUUGAAGGGAGACCACAACAGUAAACUAACAUCUGCCGCCGCUUUCCUCGUCGCCCCACCCUCGGGGAGACAGAU